CGUUCGAUCAAAUACGUGCAAAUUCGUGCCUGUCAAAUGGAGAUCGAUUUUAAUCAUUUUAACCAAAAAUAUUAAUUGUCCUUUUUUGUCAGUCUGUUGAAAUGUGUUUUCCUAGGGAGGGAAAGCAUUCUAAAAACAGGACAAAACGUGCAAAAACUGAUACGAGUUUGAACUUGUUUUAGGCCGUUGACCCUGAGUUUUGGGGUUAGGAAUCCAACUAGAUUGACAAAAAUCGCAGAAAAUCGUUUAUUUUCCGAAAUGAUGUGCAGUAGAAUUUGCGAUUAUUUUGAAUGGGUUGGGAGAAUGAAUAUUUAAAAGAAUUUGUUACGUCGAUGGUGUUAUAACCUUAGCCUGACCACAAAUCGCGAUUGAGUUGAUAAAAAAUGAAUUUUCCGCGUCCACGGAAAUUGAGGUCGCCUUUAACAUCAUUCAGCUGCUGCAUGUCAAGCAGUUCAAGACCCACAAAUCACUACGAUACCCUCCAAGUUGAGCCUAACGCGACCCAGGAGGAAAUAAAAACCUCCUACUACAAAUUGACGAAACAAUAUCACCCGGACGUGAACAAAACCGAGGAAGCCAAGGGACAAUUUCGUAACGUUUCCGAGGCUUACGAAAUUCUUGGGAAUUACAAGGCUCGUAAAAAGUACGAUCGGGGAAUUGUGGCUCGAGGAACGUCCACUCCAAUCUACAAGGAAGAAAAGGAACAUCCCCACAUGGCUUUUUACAAAUCGCGAAUGGACAAGUAUCCAAAACCGGUUCGAACAUCAGACUCGAAAGUUUACGAUUUCGAUGCCUGGACUCGUGCCCAUUAUGGACAAACUUUGAAAAAAACCAUACAUAAGAGAGAAGCGAACAGGGAGGCACAAAUAAGUAGAGACAAUAUGCCAAUAGAGGGCAAAAAACAGUUGGCGGAUUUUCAAAUUACAAUUGGAUUCGUGAUUAUCCUCGUUUUUUCUAUCUUCUUUUUAGAAGCGAGAGAGAACUUUGAUAUUGUUGUUGAAAAUCCGGAGAAAAAAAGCGAGAACGAAAGUUAACGGUGAGACGAGAAUUAGAUUGUUAAUGUAAUUAGAUCACACUCUGUAAUAUAUUAUAUAGUUUUUAAUUUUGGAGAUGCGAGCCCGCAGUAGAGAGAUUUGUUAUUCGAUCAUCUUUGAGGUGUCACAUUUUGUUAGAAUUUAAACAAUUUGGAAGCAGUCAGUAUUAAGAUUCUUCUGUGACUUCGAAAAUUCAAAUUUAACUGCAAAAUUGUUGGAAAUAAAUAAAAAAAAAAAGAGACAAGAAUCCAGUGAUUAAAUUUGGAGAAUAGGCUCUGGAUUUUUUAAAUUCAACUUUAAAAUAACAGCAUUGAGCGAUUUGAUUAUUGGAUUGUUUUGUUUUUUAUUUACGAAAAUUUCGUAGUGAAAUUUGAAUAUUGGACGCUAAAGAAGAAUUGACAUUUUGAUUGAUUCUGAAUUAGUUUCUUAAAUUUUAACUAAAACUGUCUUAUUUAUUUAGAUGUCCACUUUUUAUUUAUUCAGAGUCUCACAGUGAAUUCGCCUCCACUUUGUACAUAAUACGGAUGCUUGUUAAAAUAAAAAUAUUUUAUUCACA